CCUUACCACCACCCAUACCCAUGAAUUAUACAUAACCCUCUCACCCUCAAUAAAUACAUAUAUACACAAUCUUCAUCACUAGAGACCAAACCACCCCAACCCAAACCCUAGAAAAAAAAAGGAAGGAAGAGAGAUGUCCUCCCACCUCACCCGCUUCACGCGCACCACCCCGGGCUUAGAAAAAACCCUCCGAUUGAUCCAAUCCCUCUGCGUACUUGCUCUCCAGAUCCCGGAUUUGGAUUCUGUGGCGGUGCUCAGAGUCGGGAUCGCGAAGCAGCAGUUGGCGCUGACACGCCGAUUCCUCCGCUUCUUCAACUUCAUUGACUGUUUCCACCGAGGAUUCGCAUUAUUAGGCACACCAUCUACACCAUCUCCAACAUCUCCCAGUGAUACAUGGGGUGAGUUACUACGCAUCGUCCUAGAAAUCACGAAAUGGGGUUGUUUCGGGUGGUAUUUUCUGUUGGAGGAUUUGACGUUACUCCACGCAACAUCCAUCUCCCCCCUCCCUGACACCUGGAACCAGACUCUCCUGACGGAGGCGAAUAAGUUCUGGUUUUAUGCGUUGGGGGUUUCGAUGCUGGAGUCGGGGUGGGCGUUCAUUUCACUGGUGUUUUCUGCGCAGAAGAACGAUCCGGAGAAGGAGGGAAAGACGCAUGAAACUAAAAUGACCCGUGGAAGGGUCAGUUCUUCCAGUCUAUUCAAGAAGGUAUUGGUCGAUGCGUGUGAUUUACUCAUCCCUGGGACGUUUCUCGGGUGGAUUGCGAUGGAGCAGGGGGGCGUGGGGGUGGGGGUCGGGAUGGUGGUGAGUACACUGCUUUCGGGGUGGGAGAUUUGGAAGGCUGUUUAG